AAACAUCAUAUCAAUCGAUCAUUAGUUAUCUGGAUUGUGAUCAACAGAAACGUUCAUUAAUUGGUUAUAUGUUUUCAAAUUUUUCAAUGAAAUUUGCAUCAUUAGGAUUUUGGAAAUUAUUUGCCGAUUCAAUGAAUAUGUUAUUUCCAAUAUUGUUGAAUCGUUUGCUUUUGUAUUUGGAAAACGCCAGUGAUAAUGAUGAACAUUCUAAAAUUGGAUUCUAUUAUGCAUUUGGUUUAUUAUUGUGCACCAUAUUGAAUACUGUUAGUAUUUCAUAUUUCAAUUUUCAAAUUAGUAAAAUAUCAUUGAAAAUACGUUGCCAGUUGAUUCAGAUGACAUAUAAUAAAUUAUUUCGUAUUCGCUCAACGACCAUGAUGAACGAAUUCGAUACCGGACAGAUAUUGAAUCUGGCCAAUACUGAUGUUGAAAGAGUUAUGAAUCUGGUGCCAUCAUUAUUUCAGUUAAUAUCAUUGCCAUUACAAUUAUUGGUCACUAUUUAUCUACUUUAUUUGCAAGUAAAUCUGGCAUUUAUUUCUGCCAUAAUAUUUAUUGUGAUAUUGAUACCAAUCAAUAAAAUAAUCUGUGAUCGUAUCAAAAUAUUAAGUGAAAAAUUAAUGUUCUGGAAAGAUAAACGCAUUCGUUUAAUAUCGGAAUGUUUAAAGGGAAUUCGCACAAUCAAAUUGCAUUCAUGGGAACCAUCAUUUCGGCAAAAAGUUGAAACAUUAAGAAACGAAGAAGUUAAAUAUCUGAAAUACCGAAAAUAUUUAGAUGCAUUAUGUGUUUAUUUUUGGGCAACAACACCGGUCAUCAUAUCAUCAUUAGUAUUUGCAACAUAUGUUUGGCUGAAUGGUGAUAAUAUGCUAACAUCAAGCAAAGUAUUUACAACAUUAGCACUAUUGGGAAUGCUAAUUAUGCCAUUGAAUGCAUUGCCAUGGGUAUUGAAUGGUCUGAUUGAGUCAUUUGUAUCAAUCAAACGUCUAAAUCGUUUUUAUCAAUUGAACGAACAAAAUUGGUUGCAAGAUUUAUGUUGGGUUGAUGAUGAUGAAAUGUUAUUGCAGUUGAAUGAUUGUUCAUUUAGUUAUGGUGAUAAUUCAGAUCAACAACAAAAUUUUGAACUUGAAAAUAUCAAUAUGAAAAUAUUGAAAAGAAAACCGAUUGCCAUUACAGGUCGUGUUGGUAGUGGUAAAUCAACAUUAAUCAAGUGUUUAUUGAAUGAAUUAAUCAAACGUGAUGGCCAAUUGAAAAUUAACCAAUGUUUUCAGCGACAAGCAAUCGGUUAUGUAUCACAAGAACCAUGGAUUCAGGAUACAACUAUCAGGAAAAAUAUUCUUUUCGGUAAAGAAUUUGAUCCGCAAUUUUAUAAUGAAAUUAUUGAUGCUUGUCAAUUAUCGGAUGAUUUCCAGCAAUUUCAAUCAGGUGACCAAACACUCAUUGGCAAUCACGGUCAAACAUUAUCGGGUGGACAAAAAUCUCGUAUUCAAUUAGCACGUGCAUUAUAUCAGAAUUUUUCUGUUUACUUGAUUGACGAACCAUUCGCAAGUAUCGAUCAACAAGUAGCCAGGAAAAUUUAUCGAAAAUGUUUUGGUGGAAUAUUGAAAAAUAAAUCCAUUAUACUGAUCACUAAUCAUAUCGAAUAUUUACAACAAGACGAUACCUUUCAUAUUUAUUAUAUGGACAAUGGUCAUCUCAUUGAUUUGAAUCAUACAAAGCUAAUCAAUCGAAUGGAUAAUCAAUCUGAUCAAAAUCAUUAUCAAAUCGAUAAUCACAAACCAGCGACCAUCGAACAAGAACAACAUGAAGAAAAAGAAGAGCGUGAACAUGGAAAAAUUAAAUUGGCUGUUUAUAUUCAUUAUAUUCGAUCGAUUGGUUAUUUUCUGUUCACAAUGAUCAUUACAUCCAUUUGUUUGAUGCAAAUGUCACGUAGUGCAUCCGAUUUUUGGCUUUCCAUAUGGACUAAUCAACAACAAUCAUCACACAACAAUUCUUCAUUGUUUUAUCUGGAAAUAUUCAUAAUGAUCGGUAUUAUCAAUUCAAUAAUAACUUUGAUUCGUGCAUUUUUGUUCGCCUACGGUGGUAUAAUGGCUGCAACAGUUGUUCAUAAUGCAUUAUUGAAUAAAUUAUUUCAAACAUCAACAUUAUUCUUUGAUAUUAUUUCCUUUGGCCAGAUAAUUAAUCGAUUUUCAACCGAUUUAUUCAAUGUUGAUGAUGCAUUACCCUUUACCUUGAACAUCUUCCUUGCCCAAAUAUCAUCAUUAAUAGCAGGUUUGAUUGUUACCGUUUAUGGUCUGCCAUGGAUGAUAAUCAUAUUUGUGUUGCUAACAAUACCAUAUUAUAUUAUACAAGAAUAUUAUCGGAAAACAUCACGCGAAUUGAAAAGAAUUUCGGCCACAACAUUAUCGCCAAUUUAUUCACAGUUGGAUGAUACCAUACAAGGAUUGACUAUCAUUCGUUCAUUCAAACAAGAUAUCAGAUUUAGAAAUGAAUUUAAUGAAAAAAUAAACAUUUACACUCGUUGUCAAUAUGCAAUCAAUGCCAUACAACAAUGGUUAAAUUUGCGGUUACAAUUGAUUGGUGCUUUCAUAACUAGUUCGGUUGCAUUGAUUGCCGUUUAUAUUCAUUACUAUCAUGAGCAAUAUUUAAAUUCAAGUCUUAUCGGUUUAUCAUUGGUAUAUUCAUUAUCAUUGACAAAUCUAUUGAACGGCACAUUUUCAGCAUUUGCCCAGACCGAAUUGGAUUUGAUUUCAGUGGAACGAAUCGAAAAAUUGAUUGAAAAAUUCAAUGAUUACAAGGAAACUGAUAAUGAUGAUGAAAAAGUGGAAUUGGACAGAUUAUGGCCAUCCAAAGGAAAUAUCCGGUUCGAUAAUGUGUCGAUGCGUUAUCGUUCAGAUUUACCACUAGCAUUGAAAAAUAUUUCAUUCGAAAUUCAUCCAGGCGAACAUGUUGCAAUUGUUGGCCGCACUGGUUCAGGAAAAUCAUCAAUUUUUCAAACAUUAUUUCGCUUGGUUGAUAUUGAAACCGGUUCGAUCAGUAUUGAUGAUAUUGAUCUGAAAUGGAUUGAUCGAAAUAUAAUCAGAUCUCGAUUACAUAUCAUACCGCAAGAUGUAUUCCUAUUCAAUGGUACUAUUCGUGAUAAUCUUGAUCCACAAAAUCGAUAUGAUGAUAAUGAAAUAUGGACAGCAUUAUUUGAUUGCAAAAUCAAUAUGCUUGUCGAUAAAUUAGGGGGUCUUGAUUGUAUUCUGGAUGAAAUGGGAACAAAUCUAAGUGUGGGACAAAGACAUUUGUUUGGUUUGGCAAGAGCAGUGUUGAAUAGAUCGAGAAUAAUUUGUAUGGACGAAAUAACUGCCAAUAUUGAUAAUGAAACUGGUCGUAUUCUAGAUGAAUUAAUCGAAACGGUAUUCAAACAAACAACCAUUCUACAUAUUGCGCACAAGUUUGAUUCAAUUCGUAAUUACGAUCGAAUUAUUUAUAUGAAUGAUGGAACCAUUGUUGAAUGUAAAACAUAUCAAGAGAUAAUUUAGUUAAAGCACCGGGUUGUGUUUUCACCAUUUUCAUUAAAAAGACUAGUGAUAAAUUUUGCAUGCUGAACAGAGGUAGUAGUUUUUGUUUUGUUUCAAUAAUAAUUUUUCUUCAACAAAAUAAACGGAGAAAGGCAGACAAACAAUUUUCCAACAAUGUUUGAUGUGAUUUGUAAUUGAUGUGAAAAUAAAAAUUUAGAUUAAAAAACGAGAAACCGGGUUGAUUUGAUUGUUUGUAUAGAAAAUAGAAAUAAUAAUAGAAACAUAAUGAUGAGGUAAUCAAUAAUUGAGACAAGUUUGUGUUAACCGGGAUUUUGUUUGAAACAAUUCUUUUCCAAUCCUAUUUUUAUAAAUCAAAUUCAACAACGACAAUUUAAAUCGAAUCGAAUGAUGAU